AUGAUUAGAACAUGCUCGAUUUUCAGAGCCACAGUCAGCUGUAGCUGCCAAUAUCAUAAUACAAUUAGUAAAAUGAAGCUUGUUAAGCUAUCGCAAACAAAUGAUGUGAUGCCCACACUGGGCUUAGGAACAUGGCAGGCUGAACCAUCUAUUGUUAAGUCUACUGUAUAUGCUGCUCUGGAACUAGGAUAUAGGCAUAUUGAUACAGCAUUUAAUUACAAUAAUGAAGAAGCGAUUGGCAGUGCUAUCACCAAAUGGAUUGAUGAUGGAAGAGGAACUCGAACUGAGUUGUUCAUUACCACCAAGCUUCCACAUAUAGCUAACAGGGCUUCUGAUGUCGAGAAAUUCGUAAAUCUUCAACUGCAACGCUUGCAAUUGUCUUAUGUGGAUUUAUAUCUCAUACAUGUACCCUUUGGCUUCAAUUGCGAUCCUGAAACACUAACGCCCAAAGUUAAUCAGGAAGGGAAUUAUGAGUUGGACAUGGCUACAGAUCAUAUAGCGACCUGGAAGAAAUUGGAGGAGUGCCAAAAAUCAGGUCUCAUUCGCAACAUUGGUUUAUCUAAUUUUAAUGAGGAACAAAUAGAGAAAAUUAUGAAACAUGCGACAUUUAAACCACAGGUGUUGCAAGUAGAACUUCACGCCUAUUUCCAGCAAAAUGAAUUACGGAAAUUUUGUGAAAAGCACAACAUUAUUUUAACUGCAUAUGCUCCUCUGGGGAGCCCUGGAGCUAAAAACCACUUUGUCACCAAAUAUAAAUACAGUCCCAAUACGUUCCCUGAUUUGCUGUCUCUACCAGAAGUGGACACAAUGGCCAAAAAAUAUGAGAAGACACCUGCACAAAUAUUACUUCACUUCUUGGUUAAACAAAAAAUUGUUGUUAUUCCAAAGAGUACCAAUUUGGACAGAUUGGAGGAAAAUAAGAAUAUUUAUGACUUUGAAUUGUCAGAAGAAGAAAUGAACACCCUCAUUCGGUUGGAUAAGGGAGAAAAAGGAAGGAUUUUCAACUUUUUAUUCUGGAAAGGAGUAGAAUAUCAUCCUGAAUAUCCGUUCGCGAACGUGAAGAAGCAACUAUCGGAAGACGAUAUUUAA